CCAGUCUGUAAUGGCCGACAGUGGAUGAAUAAUUUUGCAAACAGUUGGAAAUUUUGCUACAAAAUGGGUAAUAAUCCCACCCAAUUGGAGAAGGAGAUUGGGUCAGUACAGCUGCCGGCCAAUGAACAUUAUUUUGGUCUAGUGAAUUUUGGCAAUACAUGUUACUGUAAUUCUGUUCUACAAGCCUUGUAUUUCUGCCGUCCAGUACGAGAGAAAGUGCUCCAGUAUAAACAUCAACAAAAAAAUCAAAAGAAAGAGACUUUGCUUUCGUGUCUAGCCGAUCUGUUUUAUAAUAUAGCCACACAAAAGAAAAAAGUCGGAACCUUAGCCCCAAAACGUUUCAUCACACGCUUAAGAAAAGAAUGUGAAUUAUUUGACAACUAUAUGCAACAAGAUGCACAUGAGUUCUUGAAUUAUUUACUAAACAGAGUGGCAGAGUUGUUACAAGCUGAGAAGCAAGGUGGGAAGAACAAGACAGGAGAAAACAAUUCACAGACAAAACCUGAACCAACAUGGGUAGAGGAAUUAUUCCAGGGAACAUUUACCAAUGAAACAAGGUGCCUCAAUUGUGAAACUGUAAGCAGCAAAGAUGAAGAUUUUCUGGAUUUAUCGGUGGACGUUGAACAGAAUACAUCAAUAACACACUGUCUGAGAGGUUUUAGUUGUACAGAAACACUAUGUGCCGAACACAAAUACUAUUGUGAGGUGUGUUGUAGUAAACAGGAGGCUCAAAAAAGAAUGAGAGUAAAAAAACUGCCACAGAUAUUAGCUUUACAUUUGAAACGUUUUAAAUAUACCGAACAGCUGAAACGUUUUACCAAGUUAUCUUACAGAGUUGUCUUUCCUUUAGAGUUGCGCCUUUUUAAUACUUCAGAUGAUGCCUAUAACCCGGAGAGAAUGUAUGAUUUAGUAGCUGUAGUUGUACAUAUUGGUAGCAGUUUAAAUCGGGGACACUAUAUCAGUAUAGUCAAAUCAGAGGAUAUCUGGAUCCUCUUUGAUGAUGAUCUAGUUGAUAAAGUAGAUGCCAAUGCUAUGGAAGACUUCUUUGGCUUAUCAUCAGAUAUCCAGAAAAACUCAGAGACGGGUUACAUAUUAUUUUACCAAUCAAGAGAAUAGAUUUGAAUUGUUAAAAGUGAUCUCCCUGAGUCGACAAUUUACUGGAUAUUCCUUGAGAAUAAAUAUUGUUGAUUACAUAGGAAUACUUUGACAUAGUGGUAACAAUCAAAGAGAUUUAAUUGAGCCGGGUCACAACAAAACCAACAUAAUGCGUUUGCGACCAGCAUGGAUUCAGACCAGUCUGA